ACCUACAACUCUUCGAACGUCUUUAAAGUCUCUUACUUUGGAGAAAAUUCAAUAUUCAACAAAGAUAACAAAGACUUUUAAUAAUGUUUCAAAGUAUUACUUUGAUCGUUUUAAUACUUCUCCAAUCAUUAAAAUAAAAGAUAAAAUACGCAGCAAUUCUAUAAUUCUGGGUUUAUUGGGUUUGACAACUGCAACUACGAUCCUGGGAGUAACGUGGUCGCAAAGUUACCGGGAUAAAUUUAAUUUAAUCUUUGCUGGAAUUUUUCGCUCUACGGUAACUUUGUGUGUUUGGUACGAGAUUUUACAUCUUAGAUUUAAAAAUGUUGAUCAUAAAUCUGAUGAAUUCAUAGCAUCUCAGAAAGUCGUUCAUCUAAGAGUUGCAAAAAGGUUAUUGAAACUUUGUAGACUUCAUACUGGAGCCCAACAUCUUGCUUCUUUAACUUUUAUCGUUCCUAGAGAAUACACUGAAACUUUAUCUGUAUUACAGGAUCGAGCACCUUAUAGAGGCAUGGAUGAUGUAAAGAAAAUAUUUGCUGAGGAAUUCAAUGGAUUAAGUCCAGAGGAUGUAUAUUCUGAAUUUGAUAAAAUUCCAAUAGCUGCUGCUUCUUUAGCUCAGGUGCAUAAAGCUAAAACAAAAGAUGGUCGAGAAGUAGCUGUCAAAAUUCAAUAUCCUGAUGUAUCAAGACUUUUUCAUGUGGAUAUUUGGACUAUGCAAUCAAUGUCCAAUUUAAUUUCUUUCUUUUUUCCGGAAUUCGAAUUAACUUGGAUUAUAACUGAGUUUAAGCAAAACUUGAUUUCUGAAUUCGAUUUUUUACGAGAAGCUAGAAAUGGUGAAUUAACAAAGGAGAGAUUCAAACAUCGCGCACCUGAAUUAAAAAUACCUAAUAUUAUAUGGGAAUUAACGACUAAACGUGUGUUGACCAUGGAAUUUGUUCAUGGUAUUAAAAUCAAUAAUAUUGAAAAAUUAAAAAAUUUAGGUGUAGAUCCAAAAUGGGUUCGAACUGUAUUGUUAGAAGUUUUUGCUGAAAUGAUCUUUUGCCAUGGUGUGAUUCAUUGUGAUCCUCAUGCUGGAAAUGCCCUUGUAACAAUAUCUCCAAUAACAAAUAAACCUCAACUUGUUCUCCUUGAUCAUGGUCUCUAUAGAGAAUUAUCUGAUGAAUUUCGUUUGGUGUAUUGUGAUCUGUGGAAAGCUUUAAUAUUGAAUGAUUCUAAAUCUCUCAAAAAAGUGGCUGAUUCUUUGGGUGUUCCUCAAUACAUUCAAUUCCUUCCGCUGAUUUUUACACAACGUAUACCAGAUUCUACAACUCCUCUUGGAGAGGAUAUGUCACCUGAAGAACGUGCUAUGAUUCAAGAUCAACUAAAAAAUAUAAAAUUGAGUGAUUUCUUUGAUUUUUUGGAAUCUUUACCAAGAGAUAUGUUACUAGUACUUAGAACAAUCAAUAUAGUACGUGGAAUUCAUCGUCAACUUGGUGGAAAACCAAUGGAAAGUUUCAGAAUGAAUGCUCAAUUUGCCAUACGAGGAUUAUGGUGUGAAACAAGAAACGAGGAAAAAAGACGAAUAAGUCGUUCAAAAGAAUUGGGAUUAACUGGUGAUUCUACUAUGAUCGGUCCAUUACGAAAGUG